CUAUCCCGUCGCCUAUCGAUCCUUCUCUCCGCCAGAAGAAAUCCCCACGCGUUCCGAUCAAGUUUCAUCGGCGCGCGAGUGCGUUCUUCGGAACAGGAAGAUGGGCCGACUCUCACUCUAAUUUACCCUCUGUAAGUGAAACAAUUUCUUUUUUUUUUUAACAAUGGUGUAACUGAUAUACGAGUGCAAGAUGUUAAUGUGGAUCAUCAGGUACGCGUCAAUCUGCGCGAUGGAGAGCACGUGCAAGCUGGACGACGAGCAGUGGCUGGCCUACUGGAUAAUCUACUCCUUCAUCACCCUCUUCGAAAUGGCGGCCGAGAACGUCCUCUACUGGAUACCGCUGUGGUACGAGGCGAAGCUGCUGUUGGUGGCGUGGCUGGUGCUGCCGCAGUUCAGGGGCGCCUCCUUCAUCUACGACAAGCUCGUCAGGGAGCAGCUGCGGAGGCACGGGGUGAGGCUGCACGAUCGCCACGGCCACGGCCACGGCGCCGACCACGAGCCGCACGUCCUCAACCUCAAGGCUGAGCAUGGCGUGCACUGAGGAGCCCAAUCCGACGGACAUAUACGUCGUUCAUCGGAGAAGUAACCUGACCGGACGGAGUGGUUCCGUCUUGCCGUGCAGAGGAGCGAACGGUUUGCAGCAAACCGUUUGCUUGUGCUGUAACAACAUCGCGAGAACACGAGGACAUUGCAUCCAUCAGUUCGUGCUCAAGCUAAUUCCGAUGGUCCUGAUUGUUCAGCGGGGGGAGUCCCCCUGUUUGUCACGAAUAAAUCUGAACGGAAAUUGCAUUGCUGUGCAUCUCAAAUUAAACUGCAGAGAUACU